AUGACUAGGCGAGAUGGGCUCUCGUCGUCGGCGGUGGAGACUCUAGCAGGGUUUACCGCGGGUGUUGCUACAACACUCGCGGUGCACCCACUGGAUCUGGUGAAAACGCGCCUACAAGUCGACCGAUCAUCUCCUGCCCGAUUCGGCAGCUCAGUCCAAAUCAUCCGCGGAAUUUAUGCAAAUGAGGGUGGCAUCCGUGCCUUUUAUCGUGGUCUGGCACCGAACCUGAUUGGAAACUCUACCAGUUGGGCUUUAUAUUUCUUCUUCUACGGCAGUCUCAAGGAGAUGGCUUGUCACUACCGCGGGCAACCAGUGCAUCAGCUCAAAUCUUCUGACUACUUCCUGACAUCUGGGGCAGCUGGUGUUCUCACUGCACUCAUGACGAAUCCAAUCUGGGUGAUCAAGACUCGAAUGCUUGCAACUGGCGCGAACUCGCCUGGAGCUUAUUCCUCAGUGAUUUCGGGUGUCAGGCAUCUCUACCAUACUGAGGGACUACGUGGGUUCUACCGUGGUCUAGUCCCAUCCUUAUUUGGUGUCAGCCAUGGCGCUUUCCAAUUCAUGGCUUAUGAAAAGCUGAGAGCUUUGUGGCCGACGGAGUCCUCCAAGAGCGAGAUAUUCUCAAACACGGCCGUGUCUCCAAGCCAAAAGAAUUUCAGCGUCCUAGACACCUUUGCCAUCUCUGGCAUGUCCAAAGUAUUUGCCGGAUGUGUGACAUACCCAUAUCAGGUGAUUCGCGCGCGACUCCAGAUCCUGGAAGCUCAGAUGCUUUAUCGCGGCGCCAUGGAUGCAGUCCGUCAGGUCUGGACCAAGGAGGGGAUUUCGGGCUUCUAUCGCGGUCUGGGCCCUAACUUGAUUCGAGUUCUUCCAAGCACAUGGGUUACCUUCGUGGUUUACGAACACAUGAAGGCCACUUUGCCCAGCGACAAGGGAAAAGUGUGA